AUGGCGAGCGUGAGACCUAUGACGUGGAAUGACAUUCCACAAGUGUUGGAGAUUUGGCGGGACUCUGGCCUCUCGGAAGGCACUCAUACCAUACAAACGUGGUUCCGUUUUGAUCCGGAUGGAUUUUUCAUUGUUGCUGAUGAUUCAGGUGAGAUCCUUGGAUCUUGUGCAGCUGUGGUCUUGCAUGAUAAGCUGGCGUUCGUGGGUCUUUAUGCAGUUAGAAAAAGCCACCAGGGAAAAGGUCUGGGUCUCAAAGUUUGGAAGACAGCCAUGGAUCACGUGGCUGAACGGAAUGCUGGAUUGAAUUCGGUGCCAGAACAUUUGCAUACGUACAGAGAUCUAGCAGGAUUCAAGAUCGUGGCCCCCUGGAGCACCUUAUUAUGCCAAGGAACUCCAGAUACAACCGUGUUAAAAAAAGAACCGGAAGGAAUACAG